GCUACUACACAAGAAGAGGGUUUCUAAUCUAGCAAAAAGAAAAGAAAGAAAGAGUGUUUCUCAGUGUGUGUGUGUGUGUGUGUGAGAGAGAGAGAGAAAGAGAGAGUGCACGACUGUGUUUAAAUAGAUGGGUGAAGAAUUAAAGCUGUUGGGUGCAUGGGGGAGCUCGUUUAGCCGACGAGUCGAGAUUGCUCUAAAGAUCAAAGGAGUCGAAUAUGAGUACUUAAAGGAGGAUGUAUUCCAGAACAAGAGCGAUUUGCUUCUCCAGUACAACCCGGUGCACAAGAAAGUACCUGUGCUUGUCCACAACGGCAAGCCCAUCGCGGAGUCUUUGGUGAUUCUCGAGUACAUCGACGAGACAUGGAAGGACAACCCAAUCUUGCCACGAGAUCCAUAUGAGAGAGCAAUGGCCCGUUUCUGGGCUAAGUUCUUGGAUGAAAAGUGCAGACCAGCUCUCUGGAAAUCCUACACGAGUAGGGCCCGAAAGGAAAAGGCACAUGAGGAAGCACAGGAGCUCUUGAGCACUCUCGAAGGCGAGCUCAAGGGCAAGAAGUUCUUUGGAGGCGAGACCGUCGGGUUCCUAGACAUCGUGGCCAACUUCGUCGGGUACUGGGCUGGAGUCCUCCAAGAAGCAGUCGGGGUCGACGUCCUCACCGAGGAGAAGUUCCCUGUGUUGUGCAAGUGGGCCGAAGGGUUUCAGAACUGCCCGGUCAUCAGGGAGAAUCUGCCUCCAAGGGACAGGCUGGUGGCCUUCUUCAAGACUAAACGCGAGAUGAUGACUAGCUUUUACAAAAAUUGAAGUGUGAGCUUUGGGUCUUCUUUGGGUCGUGGUUUGAUUUGGUUCUUUGUGUUUGUGUUAUGUCUUUUGGUUGUAAGAAAGCUGAUUCGAGUGGUAUUUAGAAUUCUAUGGCAUCUUGAUAGUGAUGGUUAGUAAUAAUGAAAAAAUCACGGUAUGGUUGAGCAUCAAUUUGCUGUGAUUUGUUAUGUUCCGCGUGCUGUAUAUUUCCUUUUUAGGGAAUAAAUGAAAAUUGAAAAAUGCCUUUUUUC